CAACGUGUUUUGGACUUUUGGUGACGAAUUGCAAUCCCUAGACCCUAGUUGUUGCUUACGAAAUUCCGGGCUAACCCGCUUCUAGUCUUCGUCUUUCCCGUCCUUUUCCUUCAAAUGACCGAAUACACGGAGUAAUAGUUUCUGUAGUUCUGCGCCAUACCACUGUCUCCGCCGCUGUCGGUGUUGGGCUCUUGACUCUUGAGCUUCCCAUUUCUGCUACGAGCCUACAAUUUUUUACUUUUUUUGGUCUAUAAAGUUUCCCUCGUCUCACACUCAGAGUUUAGCCGUAAAGAUGAGUUCUUUAGGUGCUUUUAGUUCGAGUUGUCUCGAUCGAGGUUACCCUUUGAAGUUUCAGGAUGAAUUGAAGAGUUCAAAGCCGAGGAAGCUCUGUGUUAGAGCUUCUUCAGUGGCGUCACCUCCACCGCAAAGUUUGCAGUUUUCGGCGGCUAAAGCUCAACAAUCAGAAAAGUUUCGAAUUGGUGUUCUUGGAGCUAGUGGCUAUACUGGCUCUGAGAUUAUCAGACUCCUGGCAAAUCAUCCCCAAUUCAAGAUCACUCUAAUGACUGCAGAUAGAAAAGCUGGUCAAUCGAUAGAAUCUGUUUUUCCUCACUUGGUAUCACAAGAUUUGCCAAACCUGGUUGCUGUCAAGGAUGCAGAUUUUUCUUCUGUGGAUGCAGUGUUUUGUUGUUUACCACAUGGAACAACCCAGGAAAUCAUCAAAGGUCUGCCAACUAGCCUAAAAGUUGUUGAUCUUUCUGCGGACUUCCGACUGCGUGAUGUUGCCGAAUAUGAUGAAUGGUAUGGUCAGCCACACAUUGCACCAGAGUUGCAGAAAGAAGUAGUAUAUGGUUUGACUGAGAUCUAUAGAACAGAAAUCCAAGAUGCACGAUUAGUUGCAAAUCCAGGCUGUUAUCCAACAUCUAUCCAACUCCCUCUAAUUCCCUUGAUAAAGGCUAACCUGAUUGGACUCAAAAACAUCAUAAUUGACUCAAAAUCUGGUGUUAGCGGAGCAGGACGUGGUGCAAAAGAGGCCAAUUUGUACACUGAAAUAGCAGAAGGGAUUCAUUCUUAUGGUAUUACAAGGCAUCGCCAUGUUCCGGAGAUUGAACAAGGAUUGUCAGAAGUUGCUAAUUCAAAAGUUACUGUUAGUUUCACUCCACACUUAAUGCCAAUGAGCCGUGGCAUGCAAUCAACUAUAUAUGUGGAAAUGGCUCCUGGAGUGACAACUGAUGAAUUAUACCAGCAUUUGCGGAGAUGUUAUGAGAACGAAGAAUUUGUGGUAUUGCUAAAGGACAAAGAAGUUCCUCAUACCCGACAUGUCCGGGGAUCCAAUUACUGCCUCAUGAAUGUCUUUCCUGACCGAAUUCCUGGGAGAGCUAUAAUAAUAUCUGUCAUUGAUAAUCUUGUGAAGGGAGCCUCUGGUCAAGCCUUGCAGAACCUCAACAUAAUGAUGGGAAUUCCAGAAAACACAGGGCUCCUUUGCAUGCCCUUAUUUCCUUGAAUAAUUUUCACCGUUUGACCAUCCUCAUGGUGGUCAGCAUUCAAGUCUCGAGGUAUUUAUGCAGCAUUCUCUCCUAGUACAACACAGAUUGAGGCAAGCUUCCAGAAAGUUUUCUAGUAUUUGCCUAAUGUUCUUGUCUUUCACUGUUGUCAAGUAGUUUUUCUUGAUGCCAUGGAGAAGCUUUAAGGUUUUUGCUUCAGAUUCUUUAUGGAUGUACUAAAGCAAUCAAUAAUAAGCCUGUGUAGUAAUACUAGGUUCUUUUAGUUAUUAUUACCUUUUAAAAAAAUGGUUUUCUCGGUUAAA